AUGGCUUUCAGACAUGUCUCUAACUAUAUAACAUCGUCUGCAGUGUUGUCUGUGAUCACGAUUCCACGAAGACAUUCAAUAAAUACUCAUCAACACCUACAAUAAUUUUCCUUAUGAGUGGAGUCGUAUGGGCCCGAUGGGAGGACUAGCAGAACCGAAAUUAAUUUACGUACCGCCGCAUCCUGGAGCGGAUAUUGAAGUCGAGACAAAUAUUAGAACUAAAAUUUCACAGAAGCCCAAUGGAUUAACCAACAUGCAAUUUCCAAUGGCACCACCAGAUUUACUGCGCCGUAUAAAUGAAGAACGACUGCGUACGACCUAUCAAUCUUCUUUUUGUAAUUCAAAUAAUUACUCAAUGGUAACUGACUACAGCAAUUGGGUGUAUAAUUACAACAACAAAGCGAGAUUAGCUAACAUGCAAAGACAAGAGUCGGAAGAAGUCGAGUGUCGACCACAGCCGAAGCCGCCUUACCUAGGCGGGCAUGAAAUCCCUGGAAGAAAACGCAACGAUUUGAGUCUAGCAGUUCCGGCGAAGAAAUUAAACGGCAGAAAGGUUUCCAGCCGACUUUCCCGCGCGUCUAGAGAGCAGAAGCAGAAAAGUGAUAGAUUAGACAGCUCGCAGAAGCCGAAAGUCGAUAAGAAACUCGAGGGUAGUAAAAAAAAAAAUGAAGAGAUGGAAACCGCAUCUAGUAAUCUUGAUGAUUCUUUGAAAAAUUCUGGGAAUAACUUGGAAGAAGAUUUUCAUAACAACAACAACAAAGAAGAUGAUAUUGAUGAAGCUUAUGGCACACGAGGCAAUUUUGAGCAGUCUGAUGAUGAUCAGAAAAAUAAAAAAGAAGGCAAUAGCGAGAGUAGUGACAGUUUUAACAGCGCUGAUAGUUGUGAAAGUAAAGGAAGGAAGAGAAAGGAUAAAAAUAAUGAUGAGACUUAUGUGUAUUUAAACUAUACAAACAGACGAAGGAAGUAUACGGUUGAUUUAAACAAUGAGCACUUUGAUGUUGAUUUUCUUCCUUGGCUAAGCGAAUAUCAAGACACGAUUGGUGAAACUGGAGACGAAAUUUUGAAGACAAAGUUACAUUAUUAUGGAAAAUUGCGGCUUUUGCCUGACUAUGUAGCCUAUAAGAAGAAACAGGCAGACAAAAAAAAGGACAAAGAUAAAAAAAAUGUUAAAUAA